AUUGUAGUAUUCUUGAAUAAGAAAUAAACUAAAUAUAGUAAUACAAAGAGUUGGAAUUUGGAGAUCGUCAUUUUUUUCUUUGAAAGAAAUUAAUUUGGAGAUUGUCAGUGGUUAUGCGCUGUAGACACCAGAGUAAAAGGCAAGAGGAAGAGGGAAGAAAAACAAAAUUAAAAUCAAAAGGAAAGGGAUAACAGAUUUACCUCCGCCGCUAAGGCUGAUUGGCGGAGAGAUUUGGGUCCUCUUCCCAACAAAAUCCUAAUACAGAGAUUAGUUGUUUCUUUUUCUUAAUUGAAUUGAAUCAGUAAUAAUAGAUGGGGAAUUUAUUGGCAAAGAAACCCAAGAUCACCGAAGUCGAUCGAGCAAUCCUCUCGCUCAAGACUCAGAGACGCAAGCUUGGUCAAUACCAGCAACAGCUGGAGGCUGUUAUAGAAGCAGAAAAGCAAGCUGCUAGAGACUUGAUUCGUGAAAAGAGGAAGGAUAGAGCUUUGUUAGCUUUGAAGAAGAAGAAAGCUCAAGAAGAACUAUUGAAGCAAGUUGAUACCUGGCUUAUUAAUGUUGAGCAACAAUUGGCAGAUAUUGAACUAGCAAGCAAGCAAAAAGCAGUUUUUGAUAGUUUGAAAGCAGGUAACAAUGCAAUUAAGGCAAUACAAAGUGAGAUCAACAUUGAUGAUGUGCAGAAGUUAAUGGAUGACACCGAAGAGGCUAAGGCUUAUCAAGAUGAAAUUAAUGCGAUCUUGGGGGAGAAGUUAUCAGCAGAAGAUGAAGAGGAGAUUUUGGCAGAAUUUGAGAACUUAGAAACUCAGAUGGCCGUUCAAGAUAUGCCAGAAGUGCCUACCAAACAAAGAUCUGAAGAAGAAAAGUUGGAUCUUCCUGAUGUGCCAACCAAGAAACCAUUUGCUUCCGAUGCAGCUACAGAUGAUGCUGAAAUUUCCACAAAAAGAAGAGUUAUGGAGGAACCCCUACCUGCAUGAUUGAGAAAAAGGCGUGCUGUUUCAUGAUAAGGAGCUUGCCAUUCUUAAUGACCAUUUCCCGGCUGCUUCGUCAUAUAUUUAAUCUGAUCUGUUUAUUUCCAGUUCCAUGAAGAUAGUUUGAGUUUGGUGGUCAAAUAUUUCCAUGUCAGUGCGUACGGAUCUGUAUAAAUACACCCAUAAUUUACAUAAUGGUGAUUAUUGAUAUUUGCUUA